AAAUUUUUCUCAGUGUGGUUUGAACACAUUCUUGGUUGUGACCUCUUUAUAAAUAAAAUGAAAUUUUAUUAUCAAAGAAAAUGUAUUAUUAUCAUCAUCAUCAUCAUCAUAUUUUUCACCCUUUUUGGGGGUGAAAAAGCACAACAAAAAGUUUUUUUGUUUUUUGUCUUUGUUACUUAAAUGAUAGUUACACAACAACAACAACAAAAGUUAGGCCAGGCAGCUGAACCACAUCCAAGAAGACAUCCCUUUUUUGCUUCUAAAGUCCAGUUCAUUUGUUAAUUCAAAUCCCACCCCGAGCGUUUGGGGGUCUGCAUAUAAACUCCCCCAGUCAAUAAAAAAAUUGAAACGAAAGGGGUGACGGAACGAGAAGAGCCAUGGCAUCUUUGGGGCUGCAGAUUUUAGGAGUUGCCCUGUCCUCUGUUGGGUUGCUUGGGUCUAUCAUGACCUGCGUCCUUCCAAUGUGGAGGGUUACAGCUUUCAUCGGCAACAACAUCGUGACGGCACAGGUCAUUUGGGAGGGACUGUGGAUGUCCUGUGUGGUUCAGAGCACGGGGCACAUGCAGUGCAAAGUGUACGAUUCAUUGCUCGCCCUGUCCCCGGACCUGCAAGCCGCGCGCGCUUUGCUCGUCCUCUCCAUCGUGCUCUCUGUCUUCGGUAUUCUCCUGGCGGUCGUAGGAGGGAAAUGCACCACCUGCAUCGAGAACAAAACCGCGAAGGCUAGAGUUGUCAUAUCUGCAGGGCUGCUUUUCCUCAUCAGUGGACUGCUGUGUCUUACACCCGUCUGCUGGUCGGCGUACACCAUCAUCCGGGACUUCUACAACCCGCUCUUGAUGGACGCGCAGAGACGGGAGCUGGGGGCGUCGCUCUACACGGGCUGGGGCGCCGCGGGGCUGCUGCUCACCGGCGGAAUGAUACUGUGCUGCCAGUGCCCUCAGAAAGACCAACGAGCAUUCGCCCCCAAAUACCCGGCACCGAAAUCAAACGCCUCGGAAAAGGAAUAUGUAUGAAGAACAUUUAAAAGAACAUCAGAACUUUUGUCUAAGUUUGCUUUUCGUUUGUAUUAUAGACGAGUUUUCUGUAAUGAACAAAAAUGUUACAUUUUUGACAGUGUGGACUAUUAAUCCAGUGGUUUAAAUAUAACCUAUAUGAAUGUAGUCUACAUGAUUAGACAGUUUUAAUAUUAAGCCUUUUUGUGUAAAAAUAGGCCUAAUUAAUAAAAGCAGCCUAAAAAAUAAUUAAUUAAUUAAUGCUGUAUUCAAUAAUUGUCACGUCACGUUAAUUUGUGUUUCUGUUUAGAAUGCAGUAGGCUAUUAAUGUUACAAAUACAAUAUUAUUAAAACAACAAUGACAUAUUACCACCUCUUCGAUGAUUAGCAAGUUUUCAGUUUCUGACAUUUUGAUCAUUUAUGUGUGGGGAGCAGAACUAUAUUGUCCAGAGAUUGUAUUUUUUAAAAGUCUAUUAAACAUUUAAAGGGUAUGUGGCAUAACAAGCAAGAAUGCCAGUAUGUUAUCAAUAAAUAAAUAAAAAUAAAAAAUGAAACCCCUCUAGACCGUGAUUACUUAGUGUCUUAUAUUUUGAUUUUAUUUAUAUUAAGUCCAAAUUCCUCAUAUUUGUAAAAAAAUAAAAUAAAAUAAAUAAUACAAAUUC